CUCGAUGUCACAAUUUUUGGGUUUUCGCCUACAGCUAAUCCAGCAUUAUACGACAUCGGAAACCUUGCUUUAGGUGCAGUGUCUGUUUCAGCUAUAACAGCGGGCCUCGGUAUACUCUUCGAUGGGUGGUUUCUCUUCAAAUACAGCAGUGCCGACCCUAAUAAAUUCAAGGCUUGUCUUCGCCUUCAGUAUCUCUGCAUUAUUAUCCUCGCGACCGACACUCACUCUUCUUACUUCUACUUCUCCAUUCAUUCUCGUCUUCCAGGCCUCAUGGCGUUCAUCUCUUGGGCCUCCACUGCCAUCGCACUAUUCACCAUUGCAUGGCAGAGUCGUUGGUCGAAGACUGUCAUCACAUUCUGCAGCUUGGCUUUGUUUAUCUAUUUCCUCGAGUACCUGGUCAUUGCAUCUCGCCGCCUAGUCGGCGGCGUGUGGUGGAUUUUCACGUCUUUAAUUCCUUGUCUCGCAGGAUCGCUUUGGCAAAGGGUAAGGACAGGGUCUGAGUUCAUCUCUAACUCAUUGACACGCGGUUAA